CGAACCCAAACCCAAGUGUCAAAGUCCUCUCCGCACUUCGCCGCAGAGGGAAACAAGGCAAUGAUUUAUUUUUGUAAACAUUCAGUAAGUUACAAUCUCUCAGACAGGUUUCAACGAAGAUAAAAGUUUAUAAUCUACAUUUACUUUAUUUGGCCUCAAUAAUGGUGCUCGUAAAGUCCCUGGCUGGUGUGAGAGUUCUGCCAAAACCGGUUUUUGCAGAACAGUCGGACAACUACAUAUUGUCUCCGGAACAAAUCAAGUUUUACGAGGACAACGGUUUCCUAGUUAUUAAGGAAUUGAUUGACUUCACAUCUCUGUACAGUUACAAACAGCGCUUCUUACAAAUAUGUAAAGGAAUAGUCCCGGCCGGCAAUGUAAGGGUUGUCAAAGAGCCGACCUUAGUCGCACAGAAUUUGAAACCUGAAGAGUAUAUCAAUAAGAUCCAAGAGCUGCUCUACGACGACGUGUUCAUACAAUAUGGCGAGCACCCGCGGCUACUGUCCGUACUGUCGCAGUUCAUCGGAGACGACAUCACCGCCGUCAACAGCAUGUUCAUUAACAAACCACCUGGAUCCUCGAGACAUCCACCACAUCAGGAUUUAUUCUACUUCCCAUUCCGUCCGGCUGAGAAGAUCAUCGGCGCGUGGACGGCCGUGGACCAUGUCAACGUAGAGAACGGAUGUCUGUACGCAGUGCCCGGGUCACAUAAGGCUGAGAUACUAUACCAACAUGCUGGGAAGAAGGACGCCUUAAAAAUGUACCACGGAGUAGACGAAGAAGCAAUCGCUCCGCUGGAGCAGAGAGUGCACCUGGAGAUGAGUCCCGGAGACACCGUGUUCCUGCAUCCUUACUUACUGCACGGGUCGGGGCCGAAUGUGUCUAAGAACUACCGCAAAGCUAUAACGUUUCACUUCGCGAACAGUACGUGCGAGUACAUCGACCUACACGGCACCGUGCAGGAACAUCUCGCUAAAGAAGUAGAGGCUCAGGCUGCUAGGAUGGGACUCGGGGAACUUAGCUAUAUUACCAAGAAGGCUCUUUUGAACGGCAAAAAUAAAAUUUUAGAAGUGAAGCUAGUUGCUCAUUCCAAGGCGUAG